GGACCUGCCCUCGCCGUGACUUCUGCACUUCCGUUGCGUGCGUCGCUGGAGUUGGCGGGCAGGCCGCGCCGUGGGCCCCUGUGGGAGCCGUGGGCGUCGGGGUGGGUGCUGGAGCUGAGGUGAUCUCCGAUCUGGUGGGUUUGGACUCCCAAGAAAAACCUGACGUCUCGGGGUUCUUUCUCCGUUCGGGUUCCGCUCCGCGCGGCGCCGGGGAGGAACAAUGGCUGCCACCUUCCAGUGCUAGAGAUUGAACCCAGGGCCUCACCAUGCUGGGUGAGGGUUCAGCAGGUAUGGGCUGUCCAAUUCUGAUGUUGGCAGUCAUUUGGAUUUCCAUUCUUUGGUUAUUGGGGUGGUGGUGGUGUUCAGUGAUGUGACUGUAGACUUCUCCCGAGAGGAGUGGGAAUACCUGGACUCUGUGCAAAGAGUUUUAUACAGAGAUGUGAUGCUGGAGAACUAUAGCAACCUGGUGUCAGUGGGACUUUCUAUUUCUAAACCAGCUGUGAUCACCUUAUUGGAGCAAGGGCAUGAGCCCUGGACAGGUGGUCCAGUGCCAGCUAAAAGCCAGUCCUUACAUAAGUGGCAGAAAUCAAGAGUGUUGAAGAAGAGCAGUACAGGUGGUAAUCCAUCUAUCUGUGAGGAGGUGACACCUUUGAGUCAGGAAGAUCAACCAUUGAAGUCUGCAUCCAAGAAUCAACCUUUAAAGGGAAAAAUUAGUAAUGUAAAAUCAUUCCCAUUAGAGUUCAUGGAAGGAAUUAUAAGGCCGUGCUCAAGUGUCCAAGAUAUUUGGGGAUGUAAAGACCAGUUUGAGGGACCAUAUUCUUAUCAAGAAGCACAUUUCAGCAAAGUAAUAAUCACCCGUGAAGAUGUACCUGCUUUUGAUCAGCAGGUAUCUCUUACUCUAUACCACAGAUCUGGAAAUGAGGAGAAACCAUAUUACUGUAAGGAAUGUGGGAAGGCUUUUAGUCGUGGAUCACAACUUACUCAACACCAGAGAACUCACAAUGGUGAGAAACCCUAUGACUGUAGGGACUGUGGGAAGGCCUUCAGUUGUAGUUCCGCACUUUCAAGACAUCAGAAAACUCACACUGGUGAGAAACCCUAUGAAUGUAAGGAAUGUGGUCAGUCCUUUAGUUGUGGCCCAUAUCUUCUACGACAUCAGAGGAUUCACACUGGUGAGAAACCUUAUGAAUGUAGACAAUGUGGGAAGGCUUUUAGUUGGAUGUCCUAUUUUUCUCAACAUCAAAGAAUCCAUACUGGUGAAAAACCCUAUGAAUGUAAGCAGUGUGGAAAAGCAUUUUGUUGGAAGUCCUAUCUUACAAAACAUCAGAGAAUCCAUACUGCUGAGAAAUUCUAUGAGUGUAAGGAAUGUGGGAAGGCCUUUAAUAAGACCUCAAAACUUGUUCAACAUCAGAGAAUUCACAUUGGAGAGAAGCCCUAUGAGUGCAAAGAAUGUGGAAAAGCCUUUAUUAGGAGCUCAAGCCUCAUUCAGCAUCAGAGAAUUCACACUGGUGAAAAACCCUAUGAAUGCAAGGAAUGUGGAAAGACCUUUAGUUGUAACUCAUACCUUUCUCAACAUCAGAGAUUUCACACUGGUAAGAGACCCUAUGAAUGUAAAGAAUGUGGAAAGACCUUUAGUUACCACUCAAACUUCACCAUACAUAAGAAAAUGCAUACAGGUGAGAAACCCUAUGAAUGCAAGAACUGUGGCAAGGCCUUUACUAGGAGUUGGAACUUUAUUCGACACCAGAGAAUUCAUAAUGGUGAUUAACUCUAUGACUGGAAAAAAUACAUACAGGAUUUUUUGAUGGUUAAGAUUUUUUUAAACCUGAGAAUUAAAAAAUAGUAGACCAUCUUAUAAUGUAAUUGUUAGGAAAAGCUACCAAUGGCCUACAAAAUUUACUAAGCCUCCCAAAUUCCACACUUACAAUCUUAUUGUAAAUAUCAGAAAAGUUCUUAUUUGAAAGUAAUCAUGUGAAUUUAUCUCCUUAAAUAGACCAUAGUUUAUUCAGAAUCAACUUUGCAACCAUUUUAGAUUUUACUAUAAAAGUAUGGAUGUGUCUAAAUCAAUAAUUUAACCACAAAUUCUUAUUAAUUUCUUUAUUCCACAUGUUUGCACUGCCUCCUGUUAUUGACACAUUAUAUUAAUAUUGACCUGUGUUUCAGGACCUUAUUUGCCCUUACAGAUACUCAAAGUAUUUAAAUAUAUAAAUUUGAUAUUUUAUAUAAUAGAUUUAUAUGUUU